AUGUUUACUCUUGAACAAUUUCUUCAAAAUACAACAUGGAAUCCAACAUUAGAAGAUGCUGGUGAAUCAGGUAAAAAGAUUCUUCAUAUGCGUCUUCAAGUUAAACCUGGAACAACUCUUGAUAAUUUAAAGAUUACACGUAAUGGGCAUGAUUUUCGUGUUGAUUUUGAAAAUAAAGGUAUAUUUUAUUUAUUAUUUU